UAGUAAUAAUAAUAAUAAUAAUAAUAAUAAAAAUAAUAUAAGUAAUAGUAAUAACAAUAAUAAAAAUAACAACAACAAUAAUAAAAAUAAUAUUAAUAAUAAUAAUAAUAAUAAUAAUAGCACAGAUAAUAAUAAUAGUGAUUCUAAUACAAAAAUCGAAAAUAAAAAUAUAUUAUAUAAUAAUAGAAAUAAGCGGUAUAAAGUUCAUUGCUUAUAUCAAUUUACUUUUAUGAUAAUAAUAUUUUUAAAUUUUAUAAAUAUUGUUAGUUGUGGUCAUGGUUAUAGAAAUAAUACAGAAAGUGCUGAGCUUGUAUCGAAUUAUGAGCAAAGUUUAUCGUUACCAGAUAUUCUGCCAAUACCAUCUAAAACUUAUGAUAAAAAUCGUGCACCAAAAUUAUUAGGGCAACCAACAGUUGUUUACUUUCAUGUAACAGUUUUGUCACUAGAUUCAAUUAAUGAAGAGUCUAUGACUUAUGUUACUGAUAUAUUUUUGGCUCAAAGUUGGAGGGAUCCAAGAUUACGUUUACCAGAAAAUAUGAGUGAAGAAUAUAGAAUAUUAGAUGUUGAUUGGUUACAUAGUAUAUGGAGGCCAGAUUGUUUUUUUAAAAAUGCUAAAAAAGUUACAUUUCAUGAAAUGAGCAUACCAAAUCACUACUUAUGGCUAUAUCACGACAAAACUUUACUUUAUAUGUCAAAGCUUACUUUAGUAUUGUCAUGUGCAAUGAAAUUCGAAUCAUAUCCACAUGAUACUCAAAUCUGUUCAAUGAUGAUUGAAAGUUUAUCACAUACUGUUCAAGAUCUUGUAUUCAUUUGGAAUAUGACAGAUCCAUUAGUGGUUAAUUCCGAAAUUGAACUGCCUCAGCUUGAUAUAUCAAAUAAUUAUACAACAGAUUGUACUAUUGAAUAUUCUACGGGAAAUUUUACAUGUUUAGCAAUCGUAUUUAAUUUAAAACGUCGUCUUGGUUAUCAUUUAUUUCAUACAUAUAUACCAUCGGCAUUAAUUGUUGUUAUGUCGUGGAUAUCAUUUUGGAUAAAACCAGAAGCUAUACCGGCACGUGUGACAUUAGGUGUAACAUCAUUAUUAACAUUAGCAACACAAAAUACACAAUCGCAACAAUCUUUACCACCUGUUUCAUAUGUUAAAGCAAUCGAUGUAUGGAUGUCAUCAUGUUCUGUAUUUGUAUUUUUAUCAUUAAUGGAAUUUGCUGUUGUAAAUAAUUAUAUGGGACCAGUUGCAACAAAAGCAAUGAAAGGUUAUUCAGAUGAAGAUAUUCAUGAAGCAGAUGAUUUAAAAGGAACUGGUGUACAUCGAGAAUCAAUUUUAGUGCCGCAAUAUGAUACUUUCUGUCAUGGAAGGGAGACAGCAUUAUAUAUUGAUAAAUUUUCAAGAUUUUUCUUUCCUUUUUCAUUUUUUAUAUUAAACAUUGUGUAUUGGUCAACUUUUCUAUGAUUUUGUUUUUCUGUUUACUUAAUUUGGUUUUGUUUGUUUUUUCUUAUUUUAUUUAUUUUAUACAAUAUAUAGGUACUUAUUAACCUAUAUAAUGAGAAUAAAUUUAUUAAUGUAAGAAAAAAUCUAAAGAAAAAUGUUUUCAUAAAUAAAGUAUUGCAU